GUAAAAUGCACACACGGGCUGCAGUUACUCUCUGUGUAGGCAGAGAGCUACAGGACAUGUGUAAACAGCACCACGCUAAACUUUAACGUAGAACCACGCUGGCUGACACCAGCGUCUGCAGUAAGGCGGCCCUGGUUAUUCCCCCUGUGACAGGGAGUGAAGUCCCAGGGAUAGCACUGUCCCUGUAAGUGGAGGGAAUCUGCGUCCUAUUAACAUCGCAUUCGGAAAGAAACGUGCCGAGAGAGAGAGAGAGAGCGGAAAGCGAUGGUUCUUGGCAAGCACAUGGACAUGAGCCCAGAGUGAGUCAGUCGGAUUGGCCAUGCCAUUUCAGCAGCUGAAAGAGUCUGAUGGUCUGAUUGAAGCACAACUCCCCAGCCACAUGCAACGGAUUGAAUUUGAUAAGCUACAGUUGUCUUCUGCCUAUGACGAUAAGUAUGUUGAGGGAACAAUUUUGAUGAAGUAUCCGUCACAUGAGCUGGGAACGGGAGAAAAAGCAUUCAAAAUGGUAUUGGAAGAGUCAACUACACAACAGCCAAUGUCCAACCUGUCAACCAUUAACACCUUUGUUUUUGGAAAGUUGGUAGAUGACUGUGAACACACACUUAAACAAGGGGACAAAGUAGUACUCAGCAAAUUCCUAGUCAGGAAGUCAGCAAGUGCCAGUAAAGAUGGAAGACAUGUUUUACAGCUUGAACUUUCCGAAGAGACGGGAGCAACAGUGUCCGUAUAUGCCAAAUCGGUGAAAGAACCAACAGCAGCUCCUAAUGUUAAUCUGCCGAUCAUUGAAAGGUCUAAGAUCAGAAUGCAUGAUUACACUUACAUGCCGCUAAAUAAAGUCAAAGGUGGAAUCACUGUGAACGUGUAUGGUGUUGUUAAAUUCUUCAAGCCUCCAUAUCGCAGCAAUGGAACAGAUUUCUGCUCCACAGUGACAAUAGUGGAUCCUUCUAAUGCAAGACUCAAUUGUGUGCUUUUCAGUGGGAAUGCUGAUUUACUUCCUAAAAUCUACAAAGUGGGAGAUGUGGUUCGAUUCCAUAGAAUCAAGAUACAAGAAUUCAGCAAAGAGCUUCAGGCCAUCAAUGCCCCUGGUUUCUCAGCUUUGACAUUUGACGGAAUUCCAGGAGCACCCCUGAAACCACGGACAACCAGCAAGUCAUAUCAGUUCACUUCUACUGACCAGAGAACGGUGGAGGAGCUGCGCAGAUGGGCAAGCGCAGACCCUUCCAUCCACAAGCCAACCAUCAGACUCUCGGAAGUGAAACCUGCUGAGUAUUUUGACCUGACCUGUCAACUUAUUGCGAAAGCUGAGGUGGAUCGAUCUGCUGUUCUGCUCAAGGUUUGGGAUGGCACCCAAUGCCCUCACCCACUGUGGCAGGUGCCCGUGGAUGCGAGUGCCCUGGAGGGAGAUCCUGCUGAUAUCCAUCGACUGCGCACGCUGGCUGUGGACGUACUGGUUUAUGAUAACCACAUCAGAGCUGCAAGCUCCCUCAAGGUGGGAAUGUACCUGACAAUCCACAACCUUCACACCAAGCUAAUGAUGCCGACCACUGAGAAACCGAGCAUCAGCCUGGACCCUGUGCCAGAGAUGGGAUUCCACCUUCACGGAGGAACUUCCUACGGGCGAGGUAUCACAAUCAUGCCGGCAGACUGCAGCGCCAUUCAGCAGCUCAAACAGUCUUUAGAAUCUGCUCUGUCUGCAGACCAAGAUAGUCUGGGAGAUCUUUCGCUGCUAGACAUUCUUAACACUUCAAAAAGACCAUCAGCAUCUGAAGCAACUUCAGCGGCUAGGAUCGAGCGAUGUCAACAGGAAUCUGCAACAGUACUCGCAGCUCAUCAGCACAUCAGAACAACUCCAAUUCAAGAGAUCCUGAACCAAUCACCACCUCAGAAGUACCGCAUUCGAGCUAAGCUGGUGAAUUAUGAGCCAAGAGCUCUCCACCAGUCUGUGAAACUUUAUUGCCCCAAAUGUUGUUCACUGCAGGAGAUUCCAAAUGACGACGAUAUUGACACUGUUUUGCAAGGUCUUUACAGUCCUGGUUCCACAGCUGUUGACCCUGAUAUCCGGUCACAUGAUGCUGCGUGGUACAAGACAGCCACUUGGGAGGCAGAAGGUGAAAGACAGCGCCGGAUCACUGUUCAUCUAGUGAAGACAGGUGAAGAGCAAAGUGUUCCAGAGCACUCCACAAUCCUGGUGGAAGGAAUGUCUCUAAAUGAUCUGUAUCGACUCUCCGAGAGAUUUGGAAGGGUCAUUCCUACCAGUUCCAGGACCGAAUGUCUGUCUUUGAAUGACCUUUCCAUUCCAUUCCUUAUAGAAGAUAGAAAAUGGCAUUAUGGCUGCAAGAAUUGUUCUGAUCCACAGCCCGUGAAUGUUCUUCAAUCACUGUCGCAAUCAGGAACUUGGGAGUCGUCAGCAAUAGCCAAAGUUUUAGGUGUUCAGCUUCUAAGCUAUGUUUUUGUCAUGAAGUUUACAUUUGAUGAUCGAUCAGGAUCACUUGAUGCAUUCCUGUGGAAUGAGGCGGAAAGAUUCUUUGGGAUUUCUGCAGCUGAUAUUAUGAUCGACGAUGUGCUUCAGGAGAAACUAACAAGAAUAAUGGACACAUUGUGUCCAUCAAGGACAAAUCCAGACAAAGGCCCAUGGUUAGAAUGCUGUGUCAAGUCCUAUUAUGCUGGUGACGGCUCUGAGCAGAAGACUUACUACCAAAUAUUUGAUACUGUUGUAGCAGAAACCGAGGACAUUUAACAUUUCAUUUGUACAACAUUAGCUCAAGUUUGCAGCGAAUGAAUCAUCUCGUCACAUUUCUUUAUUUUAAU